ACUUCUUAUGCACAAAGUAUUUCUCAUCCCGCAGCCCCGCGCUCCAGCCUCUCUUUUUUCUUCCCAGAACUAUCCGUCCUUCUGGCGUAUCGCGCCUCACUAGUACACCAUGCACCAAACUCUAUACGUCUUAGUCUACCCCUCGCGUCUUUUCGCCGCACACUGGUCAUUUUGGAUACCAUACCUCGAUGGCAGCGGCCAAGAGUCAGAUACCGGCGACCGCAUCCAUGUGACAGGAGACCGCCUCAACGGUUUCCAGUACGAAUAUGUGCGGGACUACAAUGUCUGCGAGGACGAGAGGAAGCCGAAUUCCUUCGCCAUCGGAUUGCUUUCGACCGCAUCAAUCAGCGGAGGAACCGAGGAUGACCACCGCACCUCAGGCGUGGCGGCUGAGGAAACUGAUGCCUUCAAUGCAUUCGACAGGGCUUGCAGGGAGGUGCAGGCGCCGGGCCCGAGUCUCAACAAGGUUAUGAAGACGGAUGGCGGUAAGGCGACUGGCCCGCCCUCAAGGAAGACCGAGCUUAGAGACUGCCAGUGGUGGGUUAAGCAGGCUGUUGCCCGUUUGGUUGAGGCAGAUAUGCUAUUGCCCCUAGAUGAAGGACAAGGGGCAGGGACUCCUAGUGAAAAAGUGGAGGGAUUGCCGCGGCACUGAUGCCACCAGGGCGGACAUGCAAUACCAGUAAUUGCAGAGGAAUAGAAGCAGUACUGCUCUCUGAAUCUUGCCCUCCUGCAGCUGCAGAUGUCAAAUAUCAUAAGCUGUGGUAAAUCGAGCCUUAAUAGUGAGGGGCUGGGUGCCUUACAGAUGUGGUUUAGGUAGGCUGGCAGUGCUAUACAAUUAGAAAGCACCGGGCAAAAUAAUCGUUCUGGUUUCAA